GCCGCGGGCCGGGCUGUGAGGUGGCAUCUGUUGCCGCGGUAGAGCCGGCGUCUCGGCGGCCACUGGGGUCUGUUCCAUCUCUCCGGUCCCUGCUCCCCGCGAGGCCCGUGCGGGGCGCCGCUCCCCCUGUCGGCCCCACUCCCCCGCCCCGCGCCGGGACGCCGGGGUCCCUCUUGUCCCCGCCGGCCCUGACCCGGCUGCAGGCCUCCUCUCUGUGGGCUUGGGCGUUCGUCGUUGUCCUGCGCGGGCUGCCUGGGAAGUCACUGGUACGGCCUUUGCCCCCGCCGACGGGCCUGAGGACGGGGUCUGUUCACCCCUCUCCGGGCAGCGACCUGAGUCCGAUCCCUCGCCGCCUGUCCCGGCCCCGGCCCGCAGAACAAACCGAGCUGGACCCCUGUCCCUCCUCUGCAGCUCCGUGACGAAGCCGAUUUCUUUCAGUUUGGAGACGAACGGCUGAGACUCGCUUCAGGCCUUCUUUCUAGGGCUAGCCUUGGUCGGUGGUCGCUGAGAGGUGGAUCUGAAGCCCCCCAGCUUCUGCUCGCCUUCACGAAGCCCUGCGUCGGCUCUAGCUGCCGCUUGUCCUCACGGCUUACUUUUGGUUUGUUUUGUUUGGUCCCCGGGGCCCUGGUCAAGCCAGACACCGAAGGGCUCGUACACAGCAAGUUUGCUGUGGUUUGCCUGCUGGCUCCUCUCAGAGGAGGGUGGGCAGCACAGUCGCUCAGCAGCCGGACUGGGGACAGAAUGCCUUGCAAGAUGGCUCCAGCAGCCAUGGCGCCGCUCUGAGAGGCUGUCAGUGCUGAGUCACCAUAGCUGUCCACCUCAUCUGGGUGGGCAGAACUUGUGUGCUCUGUGCGAGGGGCUCUUGACCACUCCUAACUGGGAGGAGGGGUUACUGUAACCAUUGUGCUUCCUUGACACUGGGCCCCAGAGCAGGAAGAGGCCCUGAUCACUGCCCCGCUGCCUUGUGCCAGGCUGCAGCGGUGCUCAGCAAGCCCUUCAGUAGCCUGAGUGAGGAAUGGUGUCAGGUCUGCCUGACACAGUUCUCCUCUGGUUGGGGGUGUUGAAGUGAUGGAUCUGUAGGUCCAGUCUGCAGAUGUGUUUAAUCUUUUUGGGUUAGUUUUGUUUUCUCCCAUUCUACUGGAAGGCAGGCUGUAAUCCCAGUAGAGAGUAAAAUUGAUUCUCGUAUUUAUUACCAUGUGGGCUGAAGGUUAGAUCGGCACCUUGGCAAUUGAAGACCAGGCAGGGAGGGCUGUGACAACAGGACAGUUGAUCUGCUUGGCGAUGCUGGGCCUGGAAGCCAACGCACCUUGCUCUGUUAUUGAUCUCAGUGACCCCAGAUUCCCUAGUUAGAACUGCAGGCCUGCUACUGGCCUGGCGCCUAUCAAUCCAUUGAUCCUUGAGGUUGUGCCCCCUGGGGCACCCACAUGUCAGGGCCUACCACCAUGCGACUGAGCUCCCUGUUGGCUCUACUGCGACCAGUGCUGCCGCUCAUCCUAGGGCUGUCUCUGGGAUGCAGCCUGAGCCUCUUGCGGGUUUCCUGGAUCCAGGGUGAGGGAGAAGAUCCCUGUGUAGAGGCUGUAGGGGAGGCAGGAGGGCCACAGAAUCCAGAUUCAAGAACUCGGCUGGACCAAAGUGAUGAAGACUUCAAACCCCGGAUUGUGCCCUACUACAGGGAUCCCAACAAGCCCUACAAGAAAGUGCUCAGGACUCGGUACAUCCAGACAGAGCUGGGUUCUCGUGAGCGGUUGCUGGUGGCUGUCCUGACUUCCCGAGCCACGCUGUCCACUCUGGCCGUGGCAGUGAACCGUACAGUGGCCCACCACUUCCCUCGGUUGCUCUACUUCACUGGGCAGCGAGGAGCCCGGGCCCCAGCCGGGAUGCAGGUGGUGUCUCACGGGGAUGAACGGCCAGCCUGGCUCAUGUCUGAAACCCUGCGCCACCUCCACACACACUUUGGGGCCGACUACGACUGGUUCUUCAUCAUGCAGGAUGACACAUAUGUGCAGGCCCCCCGCCUGGCAGCCCUUGCUGGUCACCUCAGCAUCAACCAGGACCUGUACUUGGGCCGGGCAGAAGAGUUCAUUGGUUCAGGCGAGCAGGCCCGGUACUGUCAUGGGGGCUUUGGCUACCUGUUGUCACGGAGUCUCCUGCUUCGCUUGCGGCCACACCUGGAUGGCUGCCGAGGAGACAUUCUCAGUGCCCGUCCUGACGAGUGGCUUGGCCGAUGCCUCAUUGACUCUCUGGGCAUCGGCUGUGUCUCACAGCACCAGGGGCAGCAGUAUCGCUCAUUUGAACUGGCCAAAAAUUGGGACCCUGAGAAGGAGGGGAGCUCGGCUUUCCUCAGUGCCUUUGCUGUGCACCCUGUCACCGAGGGAACCCUCAUGUACCGGCUCCACAAGCGCUUCAGUGCUCUGGAGUUGGAGCGGGCUUACAGUGAAAUAGAGCAACUGCAGGCUCAGAUCCGGAACCUGACGGUGCUGACUCCGGAGGGGGAGGCAGGCCUGAGCUGGCCCAUUGGGCUCCCAGCUCCUUUUACCCCACACUCUCGCUUUGAGGUGCUGGGCUGGGACUACUUCACAGAGCAGCAUACCUUCUCCUGUGCAGAUGGGGCUCCCAAGUGCCCACUGCAGGGGGCUAGCAGGGCGGAUAUAGGUGACGCCGUGGAGACUGCUCUGGAGCAGCUCAAUCAGCGCUACCAGCCCCGUCUGCGCUUCCAGAAGCAGCGGCUGCUCAAUGGCUACCGGCGGUUCGAUCCAGCGCGGGGCAUGGAGUACACCCUGGACUUGUUGCUGGAAGCAGUGACUCAGCGUGGGCACCGGCGGGCCCUGGCCCGCAGAGUCAGCCUGCUGCGGCCACUGAGCCGGGUGGAAAUCCUACCUAUGCCCUACGUCACUGAGGCCACCCGAGUACAGCUGGUCCUGCCGCUUCCGGUGGCUGAAGCUGCUGCGGCCCCAGCUUUCCUGGAGGCCUUUGCAGCCAGUGUUCUGGAGCCACGAGAACAUGCGUUGCUCACCCUUUUACUGGUCUAUGGGCCACGGGAAGGUGGCCGCGGGGCCCUGGACCCAUUUCUUGGAGUGAAGGUUGCGGCAGCUGAGUUAGAGCGGCGGUACCCUGGAACAAGGCUGGCCUGGCUCGCUGUGCGAGCGGAGGCCCCUUCCCAGGUGCGACUCAUGGACGUGAUCUCUAAGAAGCACCCCGUGGACACUCUCUUCUUCCUUACCACCGUGUGGACAAGGCCCGGGCCAGAAGUCCUCAACCGCUGCCGCAUGAAUGCCAUCUCCGGCUGGCAGGCCUUCUUUCCAGUCCAUUUCCAGGAGUUCAACCCUGCCUUGUCACCACAAAGGUCACCCCCAGGGGCUGGCCCUGACCCCCCGUCCCCUCCUGGUGCUGACCCUUCCCGGGGGGCUACUGUAGGGGGCAGAUUUGACCGGCAGGCUUCUGCAGAGGGCUGCUUCUACAAUGCUGACUACCUGGCGGCCCGAGCCCGGCUGGCUGGUGAACUGGCAGGCCAGGAAGAGGAGGAAGCCCUGGAGGGGCUGGAGGUGAUGGAUGUUUUCCUCCGGUUCUCAGGGCUCCACCUCUUUCGGGCCGUAGAGCCAGGGCUGGUGCAGAAGUUCGCCCUGCGGGACUGCAGCCCACGGCUCAGCGAGGAACUCUACCACCGCUGCCGCCUUAGCAACCUGGAGGGGCUGGGGGGCCGCGCCCAGCUGGCCAUGGCACUGUUUGAGCAGGAGCAGGCCAACAGCACCUAGCGCCCUGAGGCCCAGCUCCUUGCACUUGUCUUGUCUGCCUUAGCCCUGGGAUGGCAGGGCAAGCUGGUGGACAGAUGGAGGGCUCGUCGCUGUAUUUUUUUUAAUAAGAAAAUGUUAUUAAAAGUGUCUUCUGCCAAAUUGUUUUUAGGAAAAUGGAGUAAGGAGAAGAAUCCAAGGGAGGGGUGUGGGGAUUUGUCUACUGCCUCCCCCUCCCUUCUCCCUCCUCUUUCCUCUCUCCUCCACAGUUUCCAAUGACCACACGGCUGUUGUCAGACAAUGACCUUUAAUCCAGCCCCCUCCCCCCACAAGGUGGCAGGGGAGUGAUGCCAGCACCCAGGGCAGAGCACUGGGGGCACAGGGCGUGGCUGGAAGGUCCGUAGUGGUGCUCGCUCAUGGGGCUCCUAGGUGUUGCGCACAACCAGCGACUGCUCCAGCUCUUGCCUGCGCUGUUGGAUCUUUAGAGGAAGUGAGAGCAGGAGCAGGGUGACAGUGUUCCUGUACUCCCCGAGUCUCCCUCUGCACCUUGAGAUCCCGGCUCUGGGAGCGGAGCAGGUCUUGGACAUAGCCUUUGGGGUCUCUGGAGAAGCUUAGCAUGAAGUCCCUCUGGAUCUUGAGCUGGUUUAUGGACUCAAUCGUCUC